AUGGCGCCUAGAAAAAGAGCCAAGCCCAUUGUUCGGACAGAAAGGACGACUAAAUCGACUCGAGCCGCAAAAUACGUCUCAGUGGUCCCGGAAACUAACGGAAAGAAACGAAAACUAGCUCAUGAACCAGAGUCUCUUCAGCCGAAAGAAACCUUGUUUGUUCAUGGAGGAGGAGAAUCUGGGCAACUCGGACUGGGACCGGACGUUUUAGAUGAAAUUUCUCGGCCAAGACUUCACCAGAAGUUCCAGAAAUUAGGCGUAGGCAUUCAAUGUCUAGCGGUAGGCGGAAUGCACUCGUUGGUCGUUGACUCGAAGGGCCAGGUUUGGUCGUGGGGCGCCAACGACGAAUUUGCUCUGGGUCGUGAAACGGAGAAUGUGGCGGGAAUAGAUGCCGAUGAAUUGGAAUCGACGCCGGCUAUUGUCAGCGGUCUUGAUGGCUUCACUGCUGUUUCUGCAUCCGCGGGAGACUGUAUUAGUGUUGUCAUCAGCAAGGAAGGUCAGUUGCGAGCCUGGGGAACCUUUAGGACAGAAGAUGGCUUAUUGAGCUUCGAUGGUGACCCUUCUCAUCCCGCAAAAACCGUCUGGCCGCAGUCUUAUCCUUCGCUCACUAAGGAAAAGAUUUGCCAGGUCAAAUGCGGGGCAAGUCAUGUUCUAGCGCUCACCACUGAGGGGUACGUCUUUACCUGGGGCUUCGGUGGGCGCGGAGAACUUGCACGUAAAGAACAACAUCAUACGUCAAGUCUGAAGCCAGAGCGGCUCUCUUUGCGCAAUAUUGUCACUAUCGGAGCUGGAAGCCACCAGUCCUUUGCGGUGGAUUCAAACGGCUUGGUAUAUGGUUGGGGAUUGAAUCAUAUGUAUCAGCUGGGGUUGAGUGCCGGGCGGAUCGGGCCAGACACGAGCGUCUUCGUCCCGACGCUCGUUGAUUCAUUGCAUCCCAGCUUACACGGCGGUGCCCGGGUGAUUGCCAUCGAAUGCGGUGAAUUCCACACGAUAUUUCUGUUCGAUAAUGGAGAGGUUUAUGGAUGUGGACGAUGCGACGAAUACGCCAUUGGGCUGGCAAAGGACCAUCCUGCAAUGAUAGCCGUUCAAGAAAAAUACGAAGAGGAACUUCCUUUCGCUCCAGGAGGAGCUAUCAAAGAAGUAUGGGUGUCCUAUCGAUGAUCCCCAACUGAAACGUCUAGUUGUUGACCUGCACAUUCGUGAACCUGUUCGGAUAGCAUUUCCCCUCGCCACCAACCGAGGAAAACCCUGCACCCACAUUACCCCCCUUCGAUCAAGGGUACUCGUCGACUGAAGAUUGCAACCAUAUCUGCUGGACUCCGAUACAGCUUGGCGUGCUCAACAGAAGGGAUACUGUACGCAUGGGGCGUAGGGAGCACUGCGCAGCUGGGGCUGGGUAAAGAAGAGAACGUCGAAACGCCGAUGAGGGUGCGUAGUAAAGAACUGAAGGAAUAUUCAGUCGUCGAUGCGGGUGCCGGAGGCCAACAUGUACUUGUGAGGUCGGACCCCCUUUCUCGCGUUUCCAACGUUUCCAAUGCUCAAGCCAAAACCGUUGCAGUGCAACCCGGACAAGUUU